UAUUCCCAAAAGACUAUCGUUCACCAUAGUGUCAGCCUUCCGCAAUACAUCAUGGUUGUCCUAAUGUUAUGCUGGUUAUUACUGACGCUGGUCGGUGUGUCCGCCUCCCCUACUAAGCAAGAGAUAGAAAGUUCUAUACGAGUCAUGAGAGAUCUUGUGGAAAAUGCCCAGGUAAAGAAGGACAAGAAAUACGUGCCUCUACUUGAAUGGGCCGAAGACAAGGGGGUCUGGCCAAGUUAUGUGAAGCAGUACUUCCAUGGUGUCCCUGACCUGGCACUGUUCAGACAGCUGUUUGGUGUGUUCGACAACAACAUGUUUGCCACAGCGUAUGUGAUGGAGAUUCUUGCAGAGUUUAGUAAAUAUGGGGAUAUGACGGAUUACAAUCUGGCGGAGCUCAACGCCGGUCUUGACGCCAUAAAGGAUCAUCGCGACAAGAACCUUGCCUUCAAUAAUUCGUUGAUGACGUUCUGGCCACAAGUCUAUAAUGAAACCUUAAAGACGUGGGACAGCAGUCCUCGAAACUUAGUGGAUCUUAUAGAAGCGACAAAAUAUCUGCCUUUGAACUGGACGUAUGCUGAGCUGGAGAAACUUGGUCUGAAGGACAUAGAAUACAUUAUGGUACGGCUCAUGCGAUCUAGAGACGGGUACAUGUCGGUGUUUCACGUGCCACCAGAUUUUGAUGACACUUUUCUCAAUAUCGGUCUGGGUUCAAUGCUGAAGGAAAUGUCUCACACCUUCCCAGAGGCCUCUGACUUGUGGAUGUCCCAGAACCCAAACCUGACAUCUGUAUUUGAUGCUCUAAAGCGUUAUGCCUACAGGCCAUUUUCCGGAGAUCAGCGAGUCAACACGAUCGAUUCCCGAUCGUACGUCUACCUGCGGAAGUGGCUGGCCCAGGAGAAGCUGGCUGGCAACGACGUCGCCCUUGUAACCACGUGGAUCCAGGACACGGACGAAGUUCGGACCUGGUUUGCAAAGGGGGUGAUGAUGCCGUUCAAUGUGAACAACGUGGACGUCACGGUAUCUGCUAACUUCAUGUACGCUGUAACAGCUGGCAUCAUCAGUGGCGUUCUCGAGCCCUCCUUGUUGGAUGACACAGAUAUUCUGCAUAUCUAUAACGACACAACACGAAUGCUCGCUUUCCAAAUCCAGACUAAUUUCUCCGAUCGUGUUGACCUGGCGUUGACAUACUAUCCACCAGUUAUUGAGUUCUACUGGUUUGUGGCCAGGACGUACAACAAACUCCAGGAAACUCUAGACAGGGCGGGAUCGCUGCCUCACAAGGGAAUGGAUCAGGUUCUGGAGGACUUUAAGCAGGUGCUGCGGACCUACGCUUCGCCUUGGAUCCUGGACCAGCGGAAGUCUGAAUCCCAGUCAGGCAUGAACACCAUCUACUACGAUGACUUCAUCGGUGAUGGCGACAUCACAUACGACAACAAGUCUGUGAACAAUGCGGAAGACCGUAUUUUCACCAGCUCCAUGGCUCUAAAUGCACUUCUGACUAUCUGGGCAACUGAAGAUCAGCACACGGGGCAGAUUAUCUGGGAUAAAGAUACACCAUCAUUAGUUCAAGACACUGUGCAGAAGAUUGUAACCUGGCUAUACUUAAAUAGCUAUGGGGGCAACUACAGACCAUGGAACGCCUUCUUCUCUGGUUCAAACAAAGGCGCAACGACAUCGCCAGCAAUGUACCCAGUGAACCGGAUAGAGUUGUUCAAUGGGACAACGAUCCCUAUCAAUGACAAAUGUAAAAUAAAAAGGGGGCCCGAACCAUAUAUUUUUGGCGUUGAGGGCACUAUACCCGAAGAGACGUAUGACAACAUGACCAGUGAAUGUCGUUCUCCUGUGGUGUUCCAUGGAUACAACGACCAGGAUCGCUACUUUCCUUUCUGGACCUCUGACGCCUACACCUACGUCACUGUCAUCACUGGAAUGGCCAAAUACGUCCGCACCCUACCCGAAUAACAGUCCUCUCAGAAAAAUAACAAAAAUAAAAACAACCAACAAGGCAUUUAAAGGGAAGUUUGAGAAAUUGCUUAGAAAUAUGAAUUAGCGGGCAAACGAAAAUCAAAUGAAAAAGAUCAUUCGAUGGUAAUGUAUUUGAUAUGCUACCCGUUAAACAGCCAUAGUGCAUAUAUUAUGUGUGUAUUUAAGUAUAUCUACUUUCUAUAUAAACUGUUUUUUCAUCUCUUGCCAUAUACAUGUACAAACAUUGUAUAUAAAUAUAGUACACAUGUAAUAGUAAUGCAUAUUCAAAUAACAGUAGCACUAAUGUGUGUCAAGUAUGUGCACUAAAGCAUCCACUAACUGUGGAAACAGAAAACUGUUAAAGGUCUGACAUUUACAUGUACAGAGGGCGAUAUGGUACAUGUUAAAACAGCCACAGUGCAUAUAUAAUGUGUGUAUUUCAGUAUGUCUACUUACCUAUUGAUACGGGUUACAUUGUUCUGUUUUUGGACAUCAAAUUUGUUGUUAAUUCCUUUUUGUUUUCAGCCAAAUAAAGAGCUGGUAACAUGUGUAAUGUUUGGUUCGAUACGGUAUUUAAACAUGUACUUUUUUAAAUGCGUACUUCACCUGUCAAUGUAUAUUAACUUCGAAAGUAUUCUAAGAGGAAUACACUUCUGGCGAAAUCGGAUGUGUCGAUUGCGCCAAACUCAUCAAUCCGGUGUCAGCAAACUCUUUCUAUGUGUAUCACUAUUUUAAGGUGGCUGCAUUGUACGUAUUAUAUCGAAUUUAUGGUUGUCUCGAACUCAGCUUACAGUAACAGAAAAUACAUUAAAGAAAGUAUAUACAAUGUGAAA